CUCCAUCGGGGCCCUCCAGCGGAUCCCCCAGAGAGGUCCUAGGCUGAGCCUGGGUUUACUCAGUUGCCCCAAACGUCCUGGUUCCUUUCCAUCUUGCGCAGCCCCAGCCUGCAACGCUGGGAGUUCCUGCUACUCUCUCAUCCAAGUGUUAAACAGCUUCCCAGCCUGACAAGGCCUUAGUCCCCGCUCUGGUGAGGUCUUCAUCUCAGCUCUCCUGACAGCUUGCCCUUCGGUUGUAAUGGUUGAACGGAAAACCCAUUUUGACUCCUGAGCUACCGAACACUGGGGGCCCCCAGACCAGCUCUGCUUACCUGCAGCGGAGGCCAGGUGUGUGAGGAAAGUGGCACUUGAGUGACAUUGCAAAUAGUGGAUGUUCAAGGCCAGUUCAAGACAGUUUCUGCCUGAGUUGAAGCCAAGAAGACACCUUCUGCUCCUCCUGCUGCAUUGGGAACCUAUCAGAGCGGCCACUGAAUCUUCUCUUGGUGGGAUAGGACAUCAUUGGCUGCUGUGCCAGAAGCAGAAGGUGGGAGGCAGAGCUUGGUCUUCAGCCUUGGCUACCGCUUUGCCCCGCUCCUCCAGAUCAGUUGCGCAAAUUGGAAUCAAGAUGACCACAGCCGCUCCAACGUCUGAAUAUGCCCUGACUUGGACGAAUGUGACCACAAAGUCUCGAGAGCAAAUCCUUUAUCAGAGUUCUGGAGCAAUUGUUGCCGCUAUUGUAGUAGGCGUCAUAGUAAUAUUUACAACAGUUCUGCUCACCCUUAAAAUGUAUAACAGGCGCAUGAGGACUAAGCGAGAGCUGGAGCCAAAGAAUGCAAAACACACCAUCCCCUCAAUUUUAGGACAAGACAGCAGAAACACUUCCCGGAACACUGCGGUGACAUUUGUCCCUGUAGACAUUCACAUGCCAAACAGAAGACCAUGAAGCAGCAGCAAGUGGAGGAAUAAUCAUCGAAAACUGAACUUGGCAGUCCCUUGAGGAACCUCCACUGGGAUUGGGAAUGCAGUGGCUCCCACUGGCCCACGUUUCAGUGAUCUGCUGGCCAUUUUUUUUUUUUUCUCAUAGUAGGCAAAAGAUUACCUUCAUGGGGCAACCACUUGUGAAAAUAAUUUGUAUAAACUUUCCAACAACUUGUUGGAAGGGGUGGUAAGAAGCACAACUACCAUAAUUCUUGGAACAAAUGAUGUCCUUCA